GAGAGUUGCUUCUCGGCGAGAUUUACCGAGACUCGCCAUUUUGUAGUGAAACCGUGCUGUGAUACGGAACCAUGCGGGACGUGCCGGCUUUCCUCUCCGAGCAGAAGGCUCUCGGGCCGUCCGACCUCUCCACCGAGUGGGAGAAACUAGAGGAGCUCUACAACAAGAAACUGUGGCAUCAGCUCACCCUCCAGCUGACGACGUUUGUGAACAGUCCCCACUUUGCACAAGGAGAUGGGCUACUCAAGAUGUAUGAGAAUUUCCUGGUGGAUUUUGAACACAGAAUCAACCCCUUGUCUCUGGUGGAAAUCAUCCUGAUCAUAAUCAAACAGAUCAAAGACCCAGCUGAAGCCGUCUCAUUCCUGGAGAAGACUAAGGAAAAGGUGAAGGGGAAUGAGGAGGCCGUUAUCCUGUGCAUGACUACGAUGGGCACCAUCCACCUCCGUCAGAACUAAUAUUGUCAAAUUCCUCUCUUCCAGACCAUAGUAGAACAAGCGGGCGCUAUGGUUGACAACAUCGACGGGGUGACCACGGUCCACGGGCGGUUCUACGACCUCUCGAGUAGCUACCACCGCAUCAUGGGGUCGCACGCCGACUUCUACCGCGAGGCGCUCCGCUUCCUGGGCUGUAUGGAGAUCACAGACAUCCCUGUUGACGAGCAGCGUGAACGAGCCUUUAACCUUGGCCUUGCAGCGUUGCUGGGUGAAGGAGUGUACAACUUUGGAGAGCUGCUGGCCCACCCCGUACUUGACUCCCUGAGGAACACAGAUAAGCAGUGGUUAGUGGACCUGCUGUACGCCUUCAACGCCGGCAACCUGGCAGCCAUCGAGAAACUGCGCCCCAAAUGGCAGGCACAGCCUGACCUGGCAGCCAAUGAGCUGUCCCUGCAGCAGAAGGUGCGGCUGCUGUGCCUGAUGGAGAUGACCUUCACACGACCUGCCAACAACAGACAGCUGACCUUCCAGGAGAUUUCUAAGGAGGCCAAGCUGCCCGUGGAAGAGGUGGAACUGCUGGUGAUGAAGGCGUUGUCCCUGGGGCUGGUCAAAGGUCAUAUCGACCAGGUGGACUCCAAGGUGCACAUGACAUGGGUACAGCCUAGGGUGCUGGACAUCUCACAGAUCAGGAAGAUGAAGGACAGGUUAGACAUGUGGUGCGGAGACGUCAACUCCAUGGAGAUGAUGGUGGAGGUCAAAGCAACCGACCUGCUGACAUAGGUCAUAGUGCAUCGAUUAGGUCAAAGUUCAGGGUUAAUAUGUCAUGGGGACGAGGGAAACUAGGAAGCAAACUUGCUGUAAAUCUUGACACUGCAAAUUUGUGUUUCCAGUGAAUUUCUACUGUUCUAAAGAAUUGUGCUGACUUUGAACUUGAAGCAGAUUGAAAACCACGACAUUAAUUCCCUGCGAGAAAAGUGAAUUUACUGUUACAGUACUUCACAUAUAUUAUCUGUACUUUAAAGCAGUACAGGAAAGGGGGGUCCUUCAAUAGUCUAUGUUCUUGUUCUGUAAUAAUUAAUUACCACUUUCAUCAGUAGAGAGUUGGAGGAUAGAUAAAACACAGCUACAAAAUAGUGUCAAGAAUUAUACUAACAGUUUUUGUAUGUCAUCUGUUGAAAACAGUUAGACAUUGACCUUAUACAUACAUAUAUACACAGCCUAUAUGUUAGAUGCAUUUUUUAAAUUAUAAGUUGUGUUUACAAAUGACAUUGUGUAUGUAACCAUGGUAACAGAUGAAUAAACAUCUUGUCUAUCUGCUGACAA